AUGGGAUCAAAUCAAGAACAAUAAGAAAAUUUAAAGUUAAUUUUGUAAAAUCCAGAUUAGUAUAAAGAAGGAUCUAAGCCAUAUAAAAAAGGUGUAUAAACACGUGACAGCUAAAAAAUAGCACUAAUCACUGAGACUGUUUAAAAAAUAAUAAUUAAAAAGUUUAAGGAGCCACCAAUUAUGCAAUUGAGUGCAGUGCGUCUUAUUAAGGAGUGCUUUGAGCUCUUUGUUUAGGAUUUUAUUGAUAUGGUAGCAGAGAAGAUUCUCCCAAUUAUGAGUUAGGUUGCUCAUUUUUAGCAAAAUAAUCAAAAUAUUAACAGGGGAAAAGAGUAUUUUUACUAAGAAGACUAGGAGAAAAAUGCUUAAUUAGAGCAGCUAGGAAAUAGCUUUUUCAGAUUAGUUUUAGAAUGCAUAUAUGUGUGGGCUAAAUGGUAUCCUGACACUUAGUAUGCAAAUACUUAUAACAAUUUAGUGGAAUAAAAAAUAACUUUCCCUACUUCGUUUACUUAUUUCAAGCCUGAGCUUAUAAACUCCACAGUAGAUGAAAUUUUGUAGCGCCGUGAAGAAGCUUCUCGUAUAAGAAGAGAAUAGAAAUUAGGUUAAUCACAUAUUGAAAACAAUUCUACAGCAAUUGAUGUAUCAGGAUUAAGAAAUUUUACCGAAAUGAAAUAGCAAUAAUCUAAUCCUAAUUCCAAUAAUACAAAUAACCAUCAAGUUAGUCAAAAGCCAAUUAACGACAACUAGUACUAAGAAACAAAAACUGGAGGAGGCCCAAAUAUGAUCAAUAAUGUAGAUGAAAAUCCUCAUGUUCAAGUUAACAACGCUAUUGUAAGUAUUUAGUAAAUCAAAAACACACUAUUAGAAGGACUGAAAAAACCUGAAGAAAUGGACAAUAAUCUCUUAGACUAUUUCAAAUAAGAAUUUGAAAGAUUUAGCGAAAAUGCUCAAUUUUAUUCUUAAUAAAUUAUUGAGCGCCAAGAAGAUGGUAACGAGGAUCUUCUUGGAAAGCUUUUUAAUGAAAAUGAAUUCUCAGAAUUAUUUAUUAAGAACUGUAAUGAGUACCUUCAAGGAAAUAAAACUUGGACUGAUCUGUAGAAAGUUUUCUAAAACCAUAUUAAAAAGCCAGCAUAUGGUGAGGUAUCAGGUACAAUUGGUGGUUAUGUUUCGAUUCGUAUGAAAGAUGAAAUGCUAGUUUCAGGCUAAGGUCAAAUUAAUAAUUUGGUUCAAAAUAAAAUUUAAAAAAGUGAGAAUUUCCAAACAAGUUAAAAUCAUUUUAAGCACUAGGCAGACGAAGAAGAUAUGGAACAAACCAUUUAGCGUAAUACAUAGUUCACAGAAGAUAAUAAAAAAUAUAACUAGCUAGGAAAUAACGGUAUAAUUGGUAACUAAGCUACACAAAGUAUUAACUAAAAUGUAAAUAGUACUAGCAGCAAUAGUAAAAAUCUAUUUUAGAGUAAUAUUGCUGAAGAUAUAGAAGAAAGAAAGGGACCUCAAGAUAAUCAUAUUUAAUAGCUACAGCCCUAAAAUUAUAACCCAAGCACAUAAGAGAAAAGAGAAGAAUUUGCAAAUUAUGAAGGUGGGAGAAGAACAUUACGUGAAGCUCUUAAUAAGAACGAAUAUGAAAAAUAUAAGUUCUAGUUAAAGAGCAAGACUAAUUUCUCAAAAAUAUCUUAAAAUUAAUCAAACUUAUCUAAUUUUUCUUCAGCUUAGAAAAAACCAUAGUUUACCAAGUAUAACUCUUACAGAGACUCUUCAAAUUUAAAUAAUUUAUAAGACAACCCUGACGAAAUGUAAAAUAAGUUACAACAAACUCUUGAUAUUCUUAGAGGUGUUUAAGAGGAAAGGGAUGAAUAUAAAAAUAAGGUUGAAGAAUAAAAGCAAGAAAUAGAGCGUUUAAAUCUGGUUAUUUAGUCUUUAUAAAAUAGAAGCAAUUAUUGA